CGACAAGAUGGAUUUCUGGAAGUACCUCGUGGGUAUCUGCAGCGGCCACAAGCUGGAAGCAGCAGGGCACGGCAAGUCGAUCGAGGCGAAUGAGGAGGAGAGGGCGAGGAGCAUGCGGCAUAGCGUGGGGCAGGUCACCAGGGAAAGGAAGGUUUGCUGCCUCGGGCUGGAGCUGGGGGAGUCCAAGACUGGAUCCAUCGUGGUGAUGCGGGUGUUCUCAGACAAUGUGGAGUUCCAUCAGAACAAGGUGGAGGCGGGAGACAGGCUGCUGGCUGUUGACAGCAACAUCGUCAAGGGGUACGACCUUGAUGUCGUAGCAGCACUGCUAGAGGGCCCUGCAGAGACAGCAGUAAACCUUCACCUUGCGAGGCCCCUGCACGGCAGAGGAGGGGAGAGCUUUGAUUUUGUUUUUGUCACCCUGAUAAGAGACAAUUCGAUCAUCGAGUCCAAGUUCUCCAGCAGCAGCUUCAACCUCAAGGCAGUGCCUACAGUUCCUCCCAUCUACGCUGACAUCAUCUCUUACGGGUCCUUGAACUACCAGUCCAAGACAAGAGGCUCCAAGGCGUCGCAUCGGCAAGACCCUUUUUUGUACGAAGAUCGAAUAACACAGAUGAAGUUUGUCGAGGCAGGAGAAGCUGCAAGAAGAAAGUAUCAGGUGAACAUGGCUCAGAGUCAACACAGAAGAGCUGUGUCAGUUCAAGAUGUUCGAAACAAACAGUUGCGUUCAAGAAACCUCUCGAGCGACGACGAACUCAAGUCGACUGUUUAUUCUCAGCACAGCCAUCAGGGGUCCUCCCAAGAAACAGCCUUGAGGCCGGAGGACAUGCCCAUAUGGUUCAGCGCGCGUAAGAGUAGGGCUGAGGACAGGACGAGCGUGGAGGGAUCUAUCAACAAGCAACUCCACUUUGACGAUUCAAGCACUGCUUCAUCGGAGACUUCACCUCACGGUCAGAGCAUCAACAGUAUCGGUUCUCCGUUCUAGCUCACUCAGUACUGUUGGUGUUUCCGAAGUAUCGCUAGACAGCGCGAAUAAACACUUACGAUUCGUG